UGACGUUAGAACCAACCAGGAAGUAGUUCCUUCACUUAUUUCAGUAGGACGUGAGGAGGCAGGACUUCCUGCUAAGCGCUCGAGGAGUGAAGGGCACCAGUUCAGCAGAAGACGAGGUCUCGAUUGCAAGCAUCAUGGCAGGUCACGACUCCGGCACACACCAUCAGUUCACCGGCAUUGCCAAGUACUUCAACUCCUACACCAUCACCGGAAGGAGGAAUUGCGUCUUGGCCACAUAUGCCGGCAUUGCCACCCUUAUCCUGUUCUUCAAACUGAAGCCUAAGAAGAAAGCUGUAACGGCGAGCUGAGGCUUUGUGAAUGUUGCUGUACAGGAUGACGAUUCAACCAACAGUUGUUUUGAUUCACAAUGUUAAUUAAAAUGUGUACCAAACUAA